UUGUGGCGUGGUGGAUACACCCAUCCCCUCACCAGAAAUCCUGGGGGGUUCUUUCCCUCCGCUUACUAAGACCAUGGAGUCUCACAAAUACCCCCUUCUGCUGCUCUCUCUCCUGCUCAGACAAGGCUUGGUCUCCUCCUUCAAUAUCGACACCAGGAGGCCACAGGUGUUCCGGGGGCCGGAAGAAGCGCAGUUUGGAUAUAAAGUUCUGCAGCAUGAAGCUGAGGGGGAGAAAUGGGUGCUGGUGGGGGCUCCGUGGGACGGCUCCGCGGGGAACAGACAAGGAGACGUGUACAGAUGCAGCGUGGGCGCCCAGGCCAACUCCACAUGCGCCAAGGUCAACCUGGGCGAACUCGCCCUCAGGAAUGUCUCCAAAGAAAUCAAAAACAUGCAUUUCGGCAUGUCGCUGACCCAGGACACAGAGGGUGGAUUCGUGGCCUGUGCCCCUCUCUGGUCUCAGGAAUGUGGGUCCUCUAUGUUCAGUACCGGGAUCUGCACCCGGAUCGACGGAACCUUCCAGGCGACGGAAACCAUAGCUCCAACGGCGCAGAGAUGUUCCACCUACCUGGACAUUGUGAUUCUGCUGGAUGGGUCCAACAGCAUCUACCCCUGGUACGAGGUGCAGAACUUCCUCAGCAACAUUCUCAGCAAGUUCUUCAUCGGGCCGGAUCAGAUCCAGGUCGGGGUCCUGCAGUACGGAGAAGUAGCUGUCCAUGAAUGGUCCUUGAAGGACUUUACAACCUCCAAAGAAGUCGUGGAAGCAGCCAAAAACAUCAGCCGGCAAGAGGGCCGGGAGACGCGGACAGCGUUCGCCAUACACAAAGCCUGCUCUGAAGCGUUCAGCCCCGAGCGCGGCGGGCGGAAAGACGCCACUCGACUCCUCAUCGUCGUAACAGACGGAGAAUCCCACGACGGAGACGAACUGCCCACGGCGCUACUGGAAUGCGAGAAGCGUGACAUCACGCGAUACGCCAUCGCGGUUUUGGGCAACUAUAUGAGAAGACAGCAGGAUCCGAAUUCCUUUAUCAACGAGAUCAAAUACAUCGCCAGCGACCCGGACGAGAAGUAUUUCUUUAACGUCACGGACGAAGCUGCUCUCAACGACAUCGUAGAUGCUUUAGGGGACAGAAUAUUCAGCUUAGAAGGGACGUUCGGGUUUAAUGAAAGCUCCUUUGAGCUGGAGAUGUCGCAGGUUGGCUUUUCCAUGCACAUGUUAGAGGACGGGAUUCUGUUUGGGACCGUGGGUGCGUACGACUGGGACGGAGCAGUGCUAAAGGAGUCCAGCCGGGGCCGUAUCAUGCCUCCUCGUGCCGCCUUUGAGAAGGAAUUCCCCAUAAAGAUAAAGAACCACGCGGCUUACUUGGGUUACACGGUGUCCUCCAUCACCUUGCGGAACGGGAAGGUUCUGUAUGUGUCCGGUGCCCCGAGGUUUAAACACAAGGGUAAAGUCAUCCUUUUCGAGAUGUCCGGUGUGGGCAAAGUAUCCAUUUCCCAAGCACUGGUGGGCGAACAGAUUGGCUCCUACUUCGGCAGCGAAGUGUGCCCUGUCGACGUUAAUGGAGAUGGGGCUACAGAUGUUCUGCUCGUGGCGGCUCCCAUGUUCCUGGGGCCACAGAAUAAAGAAUCAGGAAGGGUUUAUAUCUACAGGGUCGGCCAGUUACAUCUAGCGUUGAACGGCACGCUGCACGCAGACCGAAAGGUCCAGGACUCGCGUUUCGGAUACUCGAUGGCGACUGCCACAGAUCUAAAUCAUGACGGACUAAAUGAUGUGGUUGUGGGCGCGCCGCUGGAGGACAACCACAGGGGGGCGCUGUAUAUCUACCACGGGUACCGCAACACCAUCCUUCCAGCCUACAAACAGAGAAUCGACGCCUCGUCCUUCCACCUCGGACUCAGCUAUUUCGGGCGCAGCGUGAGCGCACAGAUGGACCUGGAUGGAGACGGACUCGUGGACCUCACCGUUGGCGGCCAAGGAGCUGCUGUCAUGUUGAGGUCGAGGAGCAUUGUCCGGGUCAACGCAUCCAUGCUGACAAACCCUUCUUCCAUCAACAUGGUGCAGAAGUCCUGCCACCGUUCCGGCAAGGAGUCCGUCUGCCUGAAUAUCACAGUCUGCUUCUCCGUCACCUCCAAGACGCCUGGAAAAUGGGACAACCGUUUCGGUCUUUCUUAUAACCUCUCCUUGGAUGAUCGAAAGAUCACCUCUCGUGCGGUAUUCGAUGAAAACGGCCAGAAGCAAUUAAGCAAGCGUAUCCGGGUGACCGCGGGGAAAGUCACUUGCAUGACCCUCGGCUUUCAUGUCAUCGAAACUGUUGACUACUUGAGGCCAGUUCUGGUUCUCCUGCGAUUCAAUCUGAGCGAUAUAGAGUCUAGCCCGGUGCUGGAUGACCGAUGUCCCUCGACUGUCAAAAAGCUGGUUCCGUUCUUCAAGGACUGUGGCGAAGACAACGAGUGCACCGCAGAUCUGGUCCUCAGGGCUCGUUGGCACAACUUUCUACCAAGGGACCAGCCCUAUAUCGUCCGGAGAGACCAGAAAAAGGUAUCUGUGGACAUCAUGCUGAAGAACAAAGGGGAGAACGCGUACAACGCCAGCCUAAGGGUCUGGUUCUCCAAAAACCUCCUCUUCUCCAGCGUUUCUACAAAGGGAGGCACCCAGAACAAAGUGGAGUGCACGGCUCUGUCCAACGACACGCGGCUCUGCAGCGUCAGCUAUCCUGUUCUCAAGUCCAAAGCAUCGGUUUCCUUUGGUUUAGAGUUUGAGCUGAGCUGCUCCACUCUCUUGAAUCGCAUGCAGAUCAAACUUAACGUCACCAGCGAUAAUACCGAAAUGAACGAGACUCUGCACGAUAACGCAGCGGAGCUUUUAGCAUCUGUCCGAUACGAGCCCGAAAUCUUCAUCUUGAGCGAGUCCAGUCUGAACCGAUAUGAAGUUCAGCCGGCUUGGACGUUCCACCACAAGCAAGGUCCAGAGUUCAGAACGAAUUUCAAGGUCCAGUAUGUCGGCUGCUACCCGAUCCACAAUGCGUCAGUGCAGAUCCGUACCCCGGCGAUGGCCCACGGGAGCUCCUACUUCCUGACGGUCUCCAGGAUAAUUGCCGAUAACGCCACGUGUUUUUUUUCCAACGUGACCCAACCAAAAACACCAGUAGCUCCAGUUCACCAGGAAGACCUUCUCCACACGGCGAUCCUGAAUUGCAGUAACAGCUGGUGCGAGACCAUCACCUGCCUCAUCCCAAAGCUUCACCAGAACAACGACCUGUCCAUAUCCUUACUACGCGUCAUUCACAACCAGUUCUUCGCAAAGGCCAAGUUCCGUUCUAUCAAAGUGGUCAGUACGUUCACUCUCCGCCUAAACGAAGAUGGGAUCCUGUUCACGGACAGCGGGGGACAUCGGAGAGAGAGCGUCCUGGAAGUCCUGCAGCCGGUUCUCCUCUCCAUCUCCCUGUGGAUCCUGAUUGGGAGCGUCAUUGGGGGCCUCCUUCUCCUGGCUCUGAUCAUCUUCAUUCUGUGGAAGCUGGGAUUCUUUACAAGAAAGACACAAGGAGAAGAGGAGAAAGUAGAGUCCGAUAAGGAAGAGCAAUGACCACAUUGAGAAUAAGAUGAAAAUUUCUUCACCAAGAUUAUCAUGUGGACUCCAUGCCAGACCCCCACCCCCCCCCAGACAGUCCUGUCUGGACUUACUGAGAUUUUACAGUAAUGAAACCUAAUUAUCUAACAUGAAGAACUUUUGUAAAAAGAAUUGUCCUUCUCAAGGACGGACGUUCGUUACGAAACCGACUCAUGCUAAGACCUCUGCAAGAAGCAGGUGAGAUACCUUCAGACCAACCCCUGGAGGGAAAAGCUGCUGGCAAACUGUGGUCAUGAGCUAAAGAUUUAUCUGGAAUUCCUGGUGACAAAGGAAAACUGUGACGGGAAGGAGUAGGUUCAUCCGCCUACCAACAUUUCCCUGUUUAUCGCACAAGAGAAACCGCAACAAAGCAACGGGACACUAAGGGUAAAACAUACAGGAACAGACAGAACGUGGCCUUUCCUUCCACCAGGAGAUGCCCUGAUGCUGCUCUCAACUGUUUUGGGCUAAACAUCCUAAUAUUUACCAUGAUAUCAUCAUCAUCAUCAUCAUCACAAGUAGCCUCCACAAAAUCAAACGGUCAACAAAUGCGUUCAGGGCAAAUAAAACAGGACAGGGGGCAGAACCUUUAAAUAGGUGUUCCUGUUAUCGAUUAAUAUUCCUUUAAGU